AUGGUGCCGGGGCCGGGCCGGGCGCGCGGGGCGGGGCGGGGGCGCGGGCGGGCGAGCGGCCGAACCCGCCGGUGCCGCCGAGGGGCUGCCGAGGGAGGGGCCGCGCGCCGCGGCCGCAGCCCCGCGCCCCGCCCCCGCCGCCCCCGCAGCCAAUGGGCGCCGCGCGGGCCGCGGAGCGACGGACAGUACGACCAAUGGGAAGCGAGGGCGGCGCGGUGCGGGGGGAGAGGAGGGCGGGCGGACCCCGCCCCGUGGGGGAGGGGGAGCGCGGCGGGGCGGCGGCCAAUGGGGGCGCGGGGGGGAAGGGGCGGGCGGCGGCACAGCCUAUCAGCGCCCGCGCGGGCUCGCAGGGAGACCCCGUAUGGGCGCGGCCGCGGCGGCGCGGGCCGCGGCGUGAUGAGCGUGCCCGGCGGCCAGUGGCGUGUGGGAGGCGGGCUGUGGCCGUCAUUGGUAGCGCGAUUGCCGCGCCGCGGAGCGCGAGAGGCGCGGAUAUUGACGGGAGCGCCGGCUAAUCCGAGCGCGGAGGCGGCAGCAGCGGCGCGGCACAGAGCCAAUCGGCGCGCCGGUCUGUCUCAAACGGGCCAAUGGGCACCGCGGAAAGGCGGGGCCAGCGCCCGGGCUGCGCCCUUGGAGGGACGGCGCGGCGAAUGGCGGAGCCGGCGCCAUGUUGGCUCGGGCUCCCUCAGGCCCGGCCGGGCUCCCCCCGCGCUCGCGGGACCCGGGCACCGGCGGGCACCGGCAGUGCCACCGACUGUCACCGGUAGUGUCACCGGCAGUGCCACCGGCAGUGCCACCGACUGUCACCGGCAGUGUCACCGGCAGUGCCACCGACUGUCACCGGCAGUGCCACCGACUGUCACCGGUAGUGUCACCGGCAGUGCCACCGGCAGUGCCACCGACUGUCACCGGCAGUGUCACCGGCAGUGCCACCGACUGUCACCGGCAGUGUCACCGGCAGUGCCACCGGCAGUGCCACCGACUGUCACCGGCAGUGUCACCGGCAGUGUCACCGGCAGUGUCACCGGCAGUGCCACCGACUGUCACCGGCAGUGCCACCGGCAGUGCCACCGACUGUCACCGGCAGUGCCACCGACUGUCACCGGCAGUGUCACCGGCAGUGCCACCGGCAGUGCCACCGACUGUCACCGGCAGUGUCCUGUCACCCGCCACAGCGGGACCCGGGCACCGGCGGUGCCACCGGCAGUGCCACCGGCAGUAUUCUGUCCUGGGACCAACACCGUCACCAACCCUGUCCUGUCCCCCAACAGUGUCCCCAAAGCUGCCCUGUCCUGUCCCCGGGGUUCUCACAUCAGGGUGCUGUCCUGUCCCGUGUCCCCAAAAGCGUCCCUAACGCUGUCCCUGUCCCCACCUCCCACUGGCUGCAGGAGCUCAGGGGACACGGGACUUGGACAGAGGAACCCUCAGCCUUGGGCUGGGGGCAAACUGGGGCGAGCUGGGGUGGGGGAGCGGGGCCAGCCUAGGGUGCCCUACCCCCGCUGCCACCUCCCGAUUGUCCCCCUGGGUCCCCCCCCCCCGACAGACCCUCCCUGUCCCCCACCUUGGGGGCGAUCGCUGGGACCCCGGGGGGAGCUCAGGCCUGUUCCGAGCCCUCGGAGCCUCCCCCGGCCCCCCCGGGCCCGUGGGCGGCCGUGGCCGGCGCACCCAGCGCGGGGGCUGCGCUAUUUCGGGGCCUCCGACCGCAAGGGAAACAUCCGGGGGCCGGAGAGGGCGGGCGGGGCCGGGCCGGGGGGGGACACGGGGGGACACCGCGCCAGCCCCGGCAUCCCGGGACACCGGCAUCCCGGCCAGCGGCACACCGCGACAGCGCGACACCGCGACAGCGGCAUCCCCGCGGGCAGGACCCUCCCCUGGCGUCCCCGGAGCGUGGUGAGGACCCCCGGCACCGGGACCCUUCAGAACGGGGACCCCGGGACAGAGGAACGUGGGGUGGAGGAUCCCCGCUCUGGACCUUUCGGGACGGGGGAUCCCUGCGCUGGGGACCGGGACCCUUCGGGAUGA